AUGGUGAAGUUUACAGCAGAGGAGCUCCGCGCAAUUAUGGACAAGAGGGACAACAUCCGCAACAUGUCUGUUACUGCUCAUGCGGACCAUGGCAAGUCUACGCUUACGAAUACGCUUGUAGAAGCUGCUCGGACUAUUGCCGAGGAAGUUGCUAGCGAUGUUCGCAUGACCGGUGCCCCUGCAGACAAGGCCGAGGGCGAGAAGGUUGUUGCUUCAUCACCUCCUUAGUCAGGGUCACA